GUAUGUAAAAAGAAUAAUAGUGAUGGUACGGUAUACACACCAUCAAGAAAGAAAGAAAGAAAGAACGAAAGAAAAAGGACUGAUCAAAUUUGUCAAAAAGUUGUAUUGCAAUAAACAGUGCGAAUUUCACUUCAGCUUUAGUCCCUUUCUACUUUACCAAACCUAAUCCUCCCUGCUUUCUGCGAAUUCCCCCAAUUUUUUGGGUUAUUUUAAUGUUUUUGUGCGAUUCGGUGCACUUGUUGAAGUUUUCGUCCCCGAUUUGGCACUGGUCGUGCUUCCCAUAAUCCGAAGAAUUCUUUAGUUGUUGAACACCUCUUAAAUGUCUAAUUGGUGUCGGGAAGUUGAGUAAGAUCAGCAAACUCUAGGGUGUGCUCGAGAGCAUGCUACCGUCGAUUUGAUUCGUUAAGUGCGGAGGGCAAAAAAUGGUGGUGCGGAAGGUGGGGAAGUAUGAGGUGGGGAGGACGAUAGGGGAAGGAACAUUUGCGAAAGUAAAGUUUGCUCAGAACACGGAGACUGGAGAGAGUGUCGCCAUGAAAGUCCUCGACCGGUCCACCAUUAUCAAGCACAAGAUGGUCGAUCAGAUAAAGAUGGAGAUAUCUAUAAUGAAGCGUGUUCGACAUCCGUAUGUUGUUCGUUUACACGAGGUUAUAGCAAGCCGAACGAAAAUCUACAUCAUAUUGGAAUUCAUCACAGGUGGCGAAUUGUUCGAUAAAAUAGUUCACCAUGGCCGACUUAGCGAAUCCGAAUCAAGAAGAUACUUCCAGCAGCUCAUAGAUGGUGUGGACUAUUGCCACAGUAAGGGAGUAUAUCACAGGGAUUUAAAGCCUGAAAAUCUCUUACUUGAUUCUCAAGGGAAUCUAAAAAUCUCCGACUUUGGGCUCAGUGCAUUCCCUCCUGAAGGAGUUAGCCUUCUCAAAACAACUUGUGGAACUCCUAAUUAUGUCGCACCGGAGGUUCUUAGCCAUAAAGGCUACCAUGGUGCUUUGGCGGAUAUCUGGUCAUGUGGGGUCAUCCUUUAUGUGCUGAUGGCUGGUUACUUGCCAUUCGAUGAGAUUGAUCUGACGACCUUGUACGGAAAGAUUGAGAAUGCUGAUUUUUCUUGCCCAUCUUGGUUCCCUGUUGGGGCGAAAUCCUUGAUCCGAAGAAUUUUGGACCCUAACCCUGAAACACGGAUUCGGAUAGAAGAUAUCAGAAAUGAUGAGUGGUUUAAAAAGAACUAUAAUCCUGUAAAGCUUGCCGAAACUGAAGACAUCGAUUUGGAUGAUGUAAAUGCUGCUUUUGAUGAUCCAGAGGAAGACUUACCUAGCGAACAACGUGGGAAUGAUGAUAUGAGGCCUCUGGUUCUCAAUGCGUUCGAUUUGAUUAUUCUCUCUCAAGGCCUCAACCUUUCCUCAUUGUUUGAUCGCAAAAAGGACUCCCAGACACAUCAGACAAGAUUUGUUUCUCAAAAGCCGGCGAAAGUGGUUCUCUCGAGCAUGGAAGUUGUUGCUCAAUCAAUGGGUUUCAAAACACACAUCCGUAACUACAAGAUGAGAGUCGAAGGUCUUUCUGCAAACAGAACUUCACAUUUCUCUGUAAUUAUGGAGAUAUUUCAAGUUGCACCCACAUUUAUCAUGGUUGACAUUCAAAAAGCUGCCGGCGAAACUGAGGAAUAUCUUAAGUUCUACAAGAACUUCUGCGAAAAACUCGAUGAUAUCAUCUGGAAGCCACCUGAUGAAGCGUGCAAAUCACGUGCCACCAAGACAAAGACGAGAAGGAGAUGAAUCCGUGGUACGCAUGUCUGAUUGUUGCUUUAGUUUUCUGUAAAAUAGAAUCCUUAUUAUUACCUUGGUGACUACCGUCUUGCAUUUGAUUGAUUCGGCGGUUCUCUUGAUGCUGAGGGAUGAGGAUUAGUUAAUAGUAUUUACUGAAAAUCCACACGUUUCUUCUACCCGUAGUUUCACUCGCUCUUUGACAAAAUUGAGUUGUUUUCAAUGGUAGUUUUAUUCGCUCUCUUCGACAAAAUCGAGUUGUUUUCGAGCGUAGCGCCAUUGGUGUGGUGUCUUUGUAUGAAUGAUUUUGUUGAGUUGAGGGUUCUUGUUGUAUUUGUUGGCGUUGUGAUUUCCAUCUCUAUGCUAAUGUUUGAUGUUGCUCAUUAAUUUUCUUUCUUAGUAAAUACAUAUCUUUGGAA